AUGGACGUUCGUCAGUGUUGGGAAGAUUUUACGAAAACCAAAUGCCGUCUUUGUUCGAAAGCGCUGAACAAUCCGAGGACUUUACCGUGUCUUCACUCCCUCUGUUUAGCAUGUCUUGAAAACUUGGUGUAUAUUGAUGGCACGCGCCUUCCAGAAGAAACAAGCUGCCCAACUUGCAUGUCGUCAUUCCAAAUCCCCGAAGGAAAAUCAGUCGAUGAUUUGCCCCUUUCUUUUCACUUAGCUCCAUUCAAGGACAUUUUGUCGACGAAAAAAAACCAAAGAGGUGUCAAAUGUUCAAACUGUGUUGAUAGGAAGGCUGCAAUUUCCUAUUGUUAUGUUUGCCGUGAUCAUCUCUGUUUUCGUUGUGAUGAAGCUCACCGCCGUCUGCGAGGCACCCGGAAUCAUCAUAAUAUUCUGGUUGGGAAUGUCCUGUCUUUGCUACAAAGAGCAGCGAUGUGUUCACAGAAAAACCAUCAAGAGGAACAACUAAGUCUCUACUGUCAGCAGUGCCUCAAAUGUGUCUGCCGUGUUUGUCACGAAGAAAGCCAUUCCCGACAUGAUGUUGUGUAUAUCCAAGGAGCAGCCGAAACAGGAAAGCAAGAGAUCAACGAUGCCUUGUUACUCGCAGAAGAUGAGAUCACUGCAUUGAACGAAAAAAUGAAACAAAGUUCUGAAAUCUUUAAAGCUAGGGAAAAAGACAUCAACGCUGCACGUAGAGAUGUAGAAGCAUUUGUGAAACUGUCCAUUCUACAGUUAAAAAAGCACGAGAAAGCCGUGUUGACACAAUUGGAUGACAUUUAUGAAAAACUACAGCAAGGUCAUGCAACGAAACAACGUGAACUGGAGUUGUUGAUCACCCAAUUGAGGAGCCCGGUAGAAUAUGGAAAAAGCAUUCUUAACAGAAGUUGCGAUGUGGAAAUUCUAAACGAACGAGAAAUUGUUAUCACUCGCUGCAUUGACCUUUUGAAUUCAGAAAAUACCGCAUGUGAAUCAUUUCAUUUUCCUUUUGUCAAAUAUAUUAUUGAUGAAGAUAUGUUCAAGUCUGUUAGAGACGUAGGUGCAGAGCAUUUGAUCAUGAGCAACACAGACUCGUCAUGGACAACUGCGUUCGGAGUGGGAUUAAGGGAUCCCUUGGUUGAAAGGCAGACGAGUUUUAAAGUUGUCACAAGGGACUCUCGAGACAAUCAGUGUUAUAAUGAAAAUGAUCUGGUAAAAAUACAUAUUCAGAAUCCAGUGGGAGAAGGAAUGUCAUCCACAAUUAUAGACAAAAGGGACGGAAGAUACAGUGUCACCUUUACCCCAGAAUAUGUUGGUCAACAUGAGGUUAUGAUAACUAUUAAUGGACAACCACUGACUGAUAGUCCUUGGAGUGUUGAAGUGACGGCCCCGCAUCGAUAUCGAAGAAAGGGUCAACUAGGAUCCCAUGGUUUAUUUGAAAAUGGAACCUACUAUACCCCUUGUGGCAUUGCAAUUUGUAAAGCAAGUGGAAUCAUAGCAGUAGCCGAUGAGUCUAGCAAGAGAGUCACCAUUUUUAGCCCUCAAGGAAAGUAUCUGAGACAUUUUGGUGACGUCCGCGAUGCCUCUAAGAAUCUUAAGUGGCCAAAGUCGGUCGCAUUCGAUUCAUCUGGUGAAAUAGUUGUCAUUGAUUCACGUCAGAUGAUACUUUGUUCCAACACAGGCGUGUUUUUGAAGUACUAUGUUAUGGGUGUUGCCUUGCCAGAAUCAGUUUCUGUGUCGAGCAAUGGUCGACUAAUCGUCUGCGACCGAGAGGAAGCUACCGUUAAAAUUCUCCGUGAAGGAGGAGGGCUUGUUAAGUCGUUUUCAAGUGAUCGCACCUUAGAUGGUCAACCCUCUUUUGCCAUUCAUCACAGAAACCAAUUCUUUGUCUCAUAUCCAGAGGCACAUUGUGUAAAGGUUUUCAGUGAUAAUGGAAUGUUCCUGUACGAUAUCGGAGCUAAAGGGUCCAAGCGAGAGAAGCUGGGCAAACCACUGGGGCUCGCCAUGGACAGGUUUAACAAUCUUGUGGUUUGUGACAGUAACAAAAGCCGUCUGCAAGUGUACAAACCAGACGGAAGGCACGUUGCCACAAUAGAGGGAGAGAACUCUCAGCUGGUAUCUCCUCAAUUUGUUGCUGUCUCCAAGGAUGGCCACUUGUUUGUUACCGAUUCAGGAUGCAAAAGCGAAGAAUUGUUUCACCUUGAUGCCGAACAGUCUUGUAUUCAUAUUUUUUAUUGA